AUGUGCGGCCGGGGCAGAGCUGGGGGGCCGGGGGAAGGGGAGGGCGCUCCCCGGCUCCCCUCCCACCCUCUCCGGAUAAAUGGGCCGCCGGGAGGCGGCGGCCGGGCGGGCGGACGGCGGCAGCCUGUGGAUGGUCGCGGCCCCCCCAUCCCCGUCCCCCGCCGUGCCCAGCGCUCCCUGCCGGCGGGGCCGCCCCGGGCUCCGCCGCACCAGGCUCAGCCCAGGCUCCGGCAGGCUGGUGGCGGCGAUCGGGACUCAGGGGGGGCCCCCUGGGCUCCUUUCCCCUUCCCUCCCUCCGCGGCGGGCGGCGCUGGAGGAUUUUCUCCCGCUGCGGCCCCCUCGCUGCCCCCCAGACAUGGUAGGUCACCUACAGCUGCAAGGGAUGGACGAGAGCCUGAAGGAGAAGAGCCGGGAAGGCUUGCUGGACAGCCCGGACUCGGGGCUGCCCCCCAGCCCCAGCCCCCCUUUCUACUCCCUCUCGCCGGGUGAGGGCCGAGCUGGGGGCAGCGGCAGCGCGGACCCCCCGGCCGCGGGGCACCGGCGAGAGGCCAAGGACGGCAAAGUGAUGCCUUACCUGCUCCUGAACCCAUCCAUGCCAGAGAUGAGGCCUCGAAUGUAUCCUGUGUUUUUUGGAGAAAGCAUUGAGGUCAGCCCUGAGCCCGUGCAGGAAAUCAGGUGCAAUUCUGAGGUGAAGUACGACUCCGAGAAGCAUUACCGGGAUGACAUCUUCUACAGCCCCAUCCCCACUGUCACCACCUACAGUGAGACAGUCAUUGCUGCUCCCAAUUGCACCUGGCGGAACUACAAGUCACAGCUGAUCUUUGAGCCCCGCCAGAAGCCACUGAGGUUUCAGAGCACGACCAUCAUUUUUCCUAAGCGUGCCAAGAACAUUUACCGGACCACCCUCAACUACAGCUUGGGUUGUGCCAAGCGUUGGUUUGCUUCCAGUGUGCAGCUGGAACUCUGCGACGAAACCAACCCAUGCGUCAUCUACAGCGAGACCCUCUGAUCCGCCCUGCCGCUGGCAACCUUGCGACCUCAAGGAGGCUGUGGCCUUUGCUGGGUCUCUGGCUGGGCCUUCAUUGAUGGCAACUGAAUAUUAAUGGCUGGAGAACACGUCGUCUUGGGUGAGGCUGAACUGGCUGGGAGGAGGCUUGCAGGGCAUGGGAUGGUUUUGAUCAGUGAAAGGCUGGCUUGUAUUUUGUGAUGUUCCUGACAUUCAUGAUCUGGAUUUUAUUUUUGUUUUUUUUCCAAGCAUAUCUAUUUUUGACUUGUGUUUAGAUGAAAUCAGGAUGACAAAGGACCCUGUUACCCAUAGCAGAGCGCUGCCUUGUGAGCUCUGUAGGUCUUGUCUAGCACAUAGGUGAGACUCACUGUAACCUUCAGAGCUAUUUCGAUCUCUGCAAAGGGAAGACCAACUGCAGAGUCAGCGACCAGCCUGCCCAUACACCAAGCCAGGUCUCUUAGAGUUUAAAUGCAGAGGAGGCGGUUAUUUGUAUCAGUGCAUCAUGUCUUGCUCCAACAGUUCAUAUGGGAGAUAGCUGCAAUAUUACACUACUGCAGUAACCUCAGGCCUAACUUUCUGGGAGGAAUGGGGACUGUCACCAAGGAAAAGAGGAAGAAAACAGGCGCACGGUGCUGUUGCUUAGCAGCUAGAUGUUUACAUUCCAUAGCAAGGAACAGCACAACCAGGAGAUGGGAGAAGGGCCUACCCUGACGCAUGGCUACCUAUUCUUUGAGCCCAGCCAAGAGUAUGCGGGGCAGACUGAGGAAACUGAAUAGCUGAAGGGCUAUUUUCUAGAAGUGUCCAAGUGAUCUAGGAGCCCUGUGCCCUUUUUCAAAAAUACUGUCAGUCCAAGCGUGCCAUGCUGUUCGUUGUUUGAACACCCAAUUUACAGGGAUCUUUACGUACUUCCAUCCCUUUUGAGUUUCAGGGUAUUGGCUGUAUUGCAGAGAGGAGUGAAGUACAGGAAGAUGCUAGCUAGCUUCAAAGAAGCCAGUGCAGGGUUAACUCAUGAUCAAGGUUGCUCACCCUCUUGGUAGUUUCCAUACCUGUGUCAUGGACAGCUUUGCUGACUGUGGAGGAGCAGCCAAACUUUCUCAAUGUAGAGCUCGAAGUAUUGAAAAGCCCCAGUCCAUCCAGGUUUUCCUUAAUCAGCCAGGCUGUAGCAAUUCAGCAGGUACUUCACAAACAGCUGAGCUGUCUCUGCAAAAGGAUCAAGAAACACUGAGAGAACAGGAGUCACUACAGCCAUCCUAAGGUAAACCAUUCCCCACUCAUGAAUCACAUCUCCCGAUAUCUCUUCACUUCAGUAGCUCAUUGAAAAUCUGCAAGAGCCUGGAUUCCUGCAAACACAUAACCUUUGAAAAUGGCAUGGAAUUGUCUCCAAAAUUCUUACCAAGAAUUUUCGCAUGCUGCUCAGAAGAGCCCAGACUUAGAAAAUAACCACACAGCUCCAGAAAUUAAUUUCCAGCUUUCCCUCUCCUAAACUUUCCAUUUUGUUCCUGACUUGUUGCAAGUCUGAUCAAGUUAUUUCAGAACACAACUGAGCAGCCAAGUCAGAAGACCUAUUAACAAUAUCAACAAGAUGUAGCUGAUUGCCUGGAACAGUUGACGCAAAAACCCACAGAGAUUUUUUUAAAAAAACAAACCUGAAAACCUUAAGAAAAUAAUAAAAUUAAAUAGUGACUUAUAAAGAUACUUUUUUUUCCAUCAGUUUCAAAAGGCAAUUGGUAAAUAUGACCAGAACUGUGACCUUUAUGAAACAGAGUUCUCUUUUUUAAAAUGUAGCACAAUUUUUCCACCAGAGGUAAAUAAAAGGUCUUUGUAUACAAACUUAAAUCCUGACAGCUGAAGCAUCAUUAGUACUGAAAGAUGUGCUAUGGCAGCGAUGAACUCUCCCUUUCUAUUUGGGAGUUAGGACUUGGUAGGGAGAAAUCUCUCAAAGGAUUUCCAAGGCUUCCACCUACUGUUGAAUUCUUUUCAGCAACACAGAAACAAGGAUUAUGUUUAUUAUUGGUCAGAUUUUGCUGUCACUGUCUGUCAGCAUCAAAGCCUGGAAAAGCAACAUCUGCCUCUAAAGUGAUUAUUAUGCCUGAAGCAACCCUUCUCCCUAGAGCUCCAGCAAACACGAGUGCUGUGGAGUUAGCUUAGGUGUCAGGGCAGCUGAAGCGAGGCUGAGUCCCAGUGCAGUGCAUGUUGGUGAUGCACUUACUUGCUGUCUCCUCUUGAGGUCUAUCCCGUUCCUCCAAGUGCUGGUGAGUGAGCCCUGUGGCCAGUGGAAGUACUCGCCCGCCCUCCUGGGUACAUCCUGAAGGCUCUGGAGAGCUCUUUCCAUGCACCUCUGAGUCUGUAGGAAAGGGGAGGGGUUUCCAAGCUGAGCAACAGUGUAAUCCAGGCUCAGAAGCAGAGCCAGUACUCAUACCCAGGAGAGCCCUGCAUGAUGACAGAUUAGAUGGCAGGCAGCUCUACUGAGCAGGCAUGGAGACAGGCUGACCUCCAAGCUGAAGGGAUGCCAGAGACUCCCUAGUCUGACUGUACAUCAGGCUUUUCUCCUGUUAACAGUUGGAUUAUUCCCCCACUCCAAGUCCAAAGCUGCAGUUUUUGAUCAUGCUGGUCUUUGAGCAGAACAGGUUUUCCCCAGAAAAAUCUAAUUUAUCAUGGCCAGAUGCAGGCUUCUGCCCACUUUGUCCACUGUUAGUUCUGCUUCCUAAAUGUUGGCCGCAACGGGAAAAAAAGAAUUUAACAAAAAGCCAGAAAACCAGUGUGCAAAUACAAAUCCAGUGGAGAGACCUGACCCACUGCCUGGCCUUUCACCACGCAGGGACAGGGUCUGCUAAGGCAAAGUCUCACAGGUCCAUGUGCCCCCCGCCCCCCCGGGAAGGUGCAAUGGAGGGCUGCAUCCUUGGCACUGUGGGGUCCCCACAUGACCAGGCCAGGCCUCUUUGAAGCUUCAUGCUUCAUUUUCUCUGCAAAUAGACUAGAAGUGACCUAACGCGCUCCUGCUCCAUUGAGCUUAAGCAGCUUUUCUGUUUUUGCCAUGUCUGGAAAAAAAAGCCAGCCGGCAGCUUGGGUUUCUUGGCUGCCAAACACACGUUGGGCUGUGUAGGCAAGGACAGGUCAUGGUGGGCUACCACCCUGGACCACAUCCAAGCUGUGACAUUGCCAAGCGCCUGAGAUCUGUAGAAAUUUUUGAAAAAUACCUUCUUACAUGAUGUCUCCCAUGGGCCCAUCACAGGCUGCUUCUCUUCUCAGUGAAAGCUGGUGUUGGAAAGGGACUUUGUUUUUCCUGAGCACAAGAAAACUGCAGAGGGUCAGGUCUUCACCCUCAUGUGGGUGCAGAUCCCACCCUGCCUGCCCACCCUCUGUCCCUAUUGCUCCUAUGGCUGUGUCUGGGUUAGGCAGUGGUAGAAGAGCCAAAGUUCAUCUUGCUCAUGACUGGGGAAAGCAAUGACAUUUUUUUUGUUUUGCUUAAACACCAGAAACUGAAUUUUGUCUUUGUGUGUUGCCAGUUAAGAAUCUCUCUCAGCAGCCAAGGAGCACCUUACUUGUAGUAUGUUUGUACCUCGAAAAGGAAUCAUCAGUCCCACUAGAGAGGUGGUUUUCUUUUAAAUGGAGUAUUAUUCAGCUCAACCAACAGAUCUUUGUUCAUUUAUAUUUUCUCAAAGAUACAAAUGAUAAAAUUAGACCAUGGAAAUGCUGCUUAGAAAGGUGAGUUUCCUUGAGCAGCUGGGACUGUGGCUACACGAUUUCUCCCCAGGAUCUUAAUGUGCCUGUUGCCCACAGUCCUGUAAGCCUGAUAGGUAAAGUCAGACUCUGCCUUCAGGAAUUAUUUUCUGUCAAUAGUUAUUUUUCGUAUCAGAAACAUUCUCAGAGGCAUCUGUUUUAGGGAGGGGAAAGUUCACUUUUUUCAAUAUGGGACAUCACUGUCUCAAAGGUGCAGGGUUUGCCCUUCGUCCCCUUCAUUCCUGUGAGUGUUUUGCCCCUGAAUGCAACAGAACAUGCUUGUGCCUGCUCUGCCUGCAUUGCUGUCAUUGCAUUUGGGGUCAGAAGGCAGGAACCCUAACUAAAUAUUGAACUUUCAGAAUUCAGAAUCUGGGGGAUGCUUUGCACAAAACACAGAGAACAACUUCCACCAAAAAAAGAGAGAAAGUUUACUGCUACUUUUGUCUUCUUUUUCUUCCCCCCCCCCCGCCCCAAGCCAGCUCUACUUUUCUCAAUGUGAAAUACAAACUGAUUCGCACCCUAGGUGCAUACUUUCUGGGAAUGAUGAAAUGAGGUUUGGGUGUUGAUAGCAGUGUUUGAGUGAGCUGCUGGUCAGAGAAGCGAAUGCUAUUUACUAUUUAUGUUGAGUGUGUCUUAAAAAAAAUGGGAAAGGUCACUAGAAGGCUAAUGAGCAAAAGACUUUGUAGCGCAAACUGAGGACUAAAGGCUGCGUGAAUCUGAUGGAGAGAUGAAUGGUUCUGUGCGUGAACACUGUGAGCUAGGCUAUUUAGCCACUAUAGUUUUAACCUGCCUUUUUUCCUGCAAGGAAGAGAGCACAUCCUUGCCGCCUUUAGAGCUGAAACAAAAUCUGAUCCAGCCUCUGUCACAGUCAUUCAGUGCCAGUGACGUCUGUGAGCAGCAGCGUUCCCCAGGCUUGCGGGGGUCUCUGUGUAUGAAGCACGGAUACACAGAGCUGGCCCUGUGUGGAGAUGGGGGAACACUUUAUAGGGAAUGAUGGAUCUUGUUGUGGGAUAUUCACAUUUUCCACUGCCAGAUAAACUUUGCUCCCAGAGGAUCACCCCAUCACUCAGAAAUUGAUCUGUUCUGAACAUCUCCCCUAAAGCUCUCCAAUAACCAUUGUAUUUUUAAGUCUUGGGAGGUACUAAUUCCUUUUCAGAUACUGUAAUGGCCAUCAAAAUGAGCAAAGUAUCCUACCAUGUGAAUCGUGACCUGAAGAUGGGGCCGAAAGGUGUUUGAAGGUUAGAGAAGGAAGAAAGGAACAUAUUACUGGUGGAAAUGCAUAAGGAUGUGUCAUAUUUUUAUUUUUAUAAGUCUGAUUCUCUAAGUGCUUGUAAAGUACUUUACUGUUGUAUAUGUGGUGAUGCAGUAGUUCACAAUAUCCUUUUAUUUUUGUAUAUUUCCCCCUCCACAAUAAUCCCUUCCUGUUCAACUCAUAGAGAGUAAUUUAAGAAGACAAAAUUUAUAUAUCAUAAUAAAAUGCUCAGACUGUCA